AUGGUCCCCCAGGGGGGGUGGUGGGGGGGGGGGGGGGGGGGGGGGGGGUGGGGGGGACACCCAAGGGGGGGGGGGGGGGGGGGGGGGUGGCACACCCCACACACCCCACCCAAGGGGGCAAAAGUGGGUGGGGGGGGGGGGGGGGGGGGGGGGGGGGGGACAACACAACCAAGGGUGGGGGGGGGGGGGGGGGGGGGGGGGGGGGGGGGGGGGGGGGGGGGGGGGGGGGGGGGGGGGGGGGGGGGUGAUAUGUUGGGGAAGUGGGUUGGGAGAAAAAAGCAUGGGGGGGGGGGGGAAUAA